CGCGGCUAUUUAAUCCACCCCACGUCUGAUGGCAGUGAGUAAAAGAGGCUGGUGAAGUAAAGGUGUGAUUUCGAUAAAAGGUUCUCAGGACGCCGUGGGGUAAUUUUGGUGGCCUCCAGGGCCUAGUUGCCUCAGCCAAGGAGUCAAGCAAGACCCGUGCUGCACGUCGCGGCAGUGCACCUCCAUUAUCCCAAUCCGGCAACUGGGAACUGGCAAGCUCAAAGCUUGUCUCUAGGAGCUGGGAUUCGAGCUCUAGCUGUCUGUUUAACGCCGUUACCCGGCUAAACCGGCUCUAUUGCACGAGUUGUGGCCGCUGAUAUUUACCACUGUUUGCAAACACGGCGUUCAAGUUUUAAUACACAAGUAUGUCAUCCGGGGCUGGAUCAAGUGGUACAGGACGAGGCCGUGGAUCUUCUUUGGCAGAUAAUAAACCAGAAAACAAAGAGGCUAAGCCGAAUCCAAAAAUGUCAAAGGCUCUAGGAACUUCUGCUAAAAGGAUACAAAAGGAAUUAGCAGAAAUCACUUUAGAUCCACCACCCAACUGCAGUGCUGGACCAAAAGGAGACAACUUAUAUGAGUGGGUAUCUACCAUAUUAGGCCCACCUGGAUCCGUUUACGAGGGAGGAGUUUUUUUUCUGGACAUCCACUUUUCGGCAGAAUAUCCUUUCAAACCACCCAAGGUCACGUUUCGAACACGUAUUUAUCACUGUAAUAUAAACAGUCAAGGUGUAAUAUGCCUGGAUAUUCUGAAAGAUAACUGGUCUCCUGCCCUCACCAUUUCUAAGGUGCUACUCUCCAUCUGCUCCCUCCUCACAGACUGCAACCCAGCUGAUCCUUUGGUGGGUAGUAUAGCAACGCAAUAUCUGCAAAACAGGGAAGAACACGAUCGUAUAGCGCGACUGUGGACCAAGCGCUAUGCCACAUGAACAAUUGUUCAAAAUUUGAAUUUAUCUCCUAUCAGCCUCAUGCCAAUUAACCACCGGCUGAAGCUCUUGUUUUUACUCGGCUAACGUAAACUUUAAGAUGUUUAAGUAGAACUGCUUAAUUGGGCAGCUUUGAACAAAAGUCAAGGUAUCAAAACUUGAGAACAGCUAGAGAAGUGAAUGUGAUGUGCUUUCAUGUUGAGUAUGUUGAUGUGCCUAAGACGGAUGAACGUAAAGAAAUGAACGUAUGUAUGCGACCAAUGAAUGAAUUACUGAAUGAAUUUUUACAGCGGCAUGAGCAAGGAGGAUUUCACCUAAACUAUGACAAGCUAGUAUUUAAAAUGAUCGUAUUGUAAAUCAACAAUACUGUCCGAUUAUACUGAUACUUUUAGGGUAGGAGAGGUCACGAACUAUAAUAUUAACGAUAAUACUAAAUUGUAAGUAAUUAGGUACUUAGAUAUUAAGAUGCGAAUAUAGAGGCCCAAUUCUCUCACACCCUGACGAUCAUACCCUUUCACCCUUCAAUAUUUUUGUAUACGCUCAACUUUAAUCUUAUCACACCAUACACAUAAUUUUAAAUUAUUCAUUUUAUAUUUUCAUCAUUUAUAAUUUGAUGAUUUGCGCUCGUUGUGUGAAGAGACGACGUAGUUAUAAUAUUUUAGCCAAACGCUUACGAGAUAAAAUUUAAUCAAUUGAUAUUAUUUUAUCACCUAAUUGACGGGGGGGAAAAUAGACAAAACUUACAAACAAAUAGAAAAAAAAAAUUACCUGAAUUCGUGUGAUUGUGCGCUAUGCUAUCAUCACUAUUGUAACGCAGCGUCGGUGUUGUUUGCAGUGAUAUUCGUGAACCGAUCAAGUGUUUGGGGCCACUUGCUAAAUCGUUGUAAUUGUAAAUAAAUAUUAUUUCCUGUAUAUUCAAGCUAGUAUAUUACCAGAUCAAUGUAAUUUUGACCUGAAUUUUAUCCUGCAAAUAGAGCGACACGUUGCUUGAAAUUCAACAAUUUGGUUAAUGUGUCCCGCUAUUUUGUGAAAAGAGUGUAGGUAUUGUUUGAAAGCGUGGAAAAAAUGGGACGAUGUUAUAAGUUUAAAAUCAGACGAGUAAUAGUAAUGAUUAUUGUAAUAGUAUCUGCAACGGCAGCCAUUAUUGAUAAAUGUGUUCAGCCAAAAAUUAGCAGUUUUAGGUGAGAGAAAUUAGUCUUCAAUUUAGAAAAUAAAUGAUAUUGAAACUCUUGUUCAUUCCUUUAUUAUAAUUUUUUUUUUUUAAUUUUUUUUCUACUUUUUUCUAUAUUUCUAUGAGCCAUAAAGCUGAUUUGAAAUUGUAAUCGGAGAUCUCUCAAGCUAUUAUUUAUUGAUUUUAUAAGUGUGAAUCUCUCUGAUUUCCUUGUGCAUUGAAGAUUCCCAAGUUAUUAUUUUCACGAGCGCUGCAGAAUGGAAGUUGUGGAAAAUUGUUACCAAGUUUAUUCACGCGUUUAGAGUAUUAUGUAUGAACAUUUAAAAUAAAAAAAAGUGGGCUGUGGUACUAAGUGCAAUUACUGCAACUUCCUAAUCUGAAUAACUCUGCAUAGAGAAAGAGACCUUAAAGUUUCGUUCAAUAUCCAAUAAUAUGGUAAAUGUUAGUCUGCUAGUUAGUGGCGUCGAUAUCAAGAUUAAAUAAACUACAUUAUACAUAA